UAUAACAUUAUACUUUCAGGUCAAAGAACUUUGUUUAAAAACAACAGGGAAAUUCAUUAGAACAAAGGACGUAAAAUUUGCGGUAGGAAUGAUCCUAACACAUCGUGAUGAAUGCAAUAAUUGCGACGGCGUCAUAAUCGGAUGGGAACGUCAUACAGACAGACGUUAUGAAAUUUUGACAGAUAAUCUAAAUAGCGCCAGAUGGCGAAAUAAUUCAAUGCAAAUAGACUACUUGCCUUUGAAUCAUUGUAACAAUUAUCAAUUUACAGAACAGCAAACAAAUUAUAUUAUUCUUACCAAUAAUAAUAAAAUAUGUUACGUAAAUGAAGGUAAUCUCACUUUAGCAGCGCCGAAAUGGAUCGAUAAUUCCGAAAUUGGUCGCUAUUUUUGUAGAUUCGAAAAUACGCAUUACGUACCAAAUGAAAUGCUAACGAAACUUUACCCGGAAGACUCCGCUGUAAUUACAUAGAGGACAAAAUCUGCGAAUUAAUAUUAUGCAUAACAUUAUGCAAUAUUUAGAAGAAAAGUUUUAAGAAAUUUUAU